AUGGGAACUAUUGGUACAGAUCAUCAUUUUGUUCGAACCAAGCUCAAGUUUCACCUUAGAAGUCGAAGAAAAACAGAUCAACAACAACAAACAAGACGCCUGGAUAAGAAAAAAUUGCGAGAUCCUUCAAUUGUUCAAGCUUUUCAAGCGGCUCUUUCUUCUUCAUCCUCAUCCCUACAACCACAUAUCUCCACCAACGAUAAGUACAAUGAUUUUGUGACCACUGUUACGGAUCUCAGUCAGCAAUUCUUUGCUCAAGAUGGAAAACAAAAGAAACACAAAGAAUGGAUGACCAACGAGAUUUUGGAAAUUGUGGAAAGAAAAGCCAAAGCCUUCCUCAAAUGGCAAAACUAUCGAAAAACACGGUAUGUAAAGGAGUAUCAUGAACAAUACUGUCUCCUUAGAAAAGAAGUCAAAACAAAGAUUGAAGCAAGAAAGAUUGAAUACUGGGAUGAACUCAGUUUGGAAAUUGAAAAGGCCGUGAAACAACAUGAUCUAGGAACUGCCUAUGCAAUGCUUCGACGUCUCAAGGGUGGUCGAGCAAAGAUAGAAGAAAUGCCAAUAUGGGACAAAUAUGGAAACUUGCUGACAAAUUCAAACGAUCGUCUUGACCGCUGGCGCGAAUACUUUUCCGACCUUCUGAAUGUACCAUCUACUACUGAUCCAACCAUCCUCCACCAAAUUCAACCUCCACCCAUUGCAUCCAAAGAAGAACAAAGACAAAACAAACCACCGACGUUGGUCGAAGUUGAAGAAGCAAUCAGAAGAAUGAAGAGCGGAAAAGCAGCUGGCCAUGAUGGCCUUCCUGCAGAUGUGAUCAAGGCUGGUGGACGAACUUUGGCAAGACGACUUCAUCAAAUUUUUGUCGAUGUAUGGGAAGAUGAAGAAGCAAUAGAUGACUGGUCAACAGCUAUACUUAUUCGUCUUUUCAAAAACAAAGGUGACAAAAAAGAUUGUGGUAACUAUCGUGACUCAAAAGCAAUGGUUCAAAUCAAUGGCGAGCGCUCAGAAUCUUUCGACAUUGAGACUGGUGUACUUCAAGGUGGUAUUCCAUCUCCUAUUCUUUUCAACGUGUUCUUCGACUUUGUUAUUCGGCGAGUUUUAGAAAAAUUAGCUGCUCUAAAUGUGACUGGAGUAAAAUUAUCCUAUGCAAAUUUUCCAAUGCUUCCCUCAUCACAACUACCUUCGAUAUCAGGCACAACGAACUCGAUGAUGAAGAAAAUCGAUGAUUUAUUGAAAAAUGCAGGUGAAAUGAACAAGAAUCUUGAACGUAUUGCAAAAAAGAAUAAUGAGAUCGAACAAUAG